AUGAGUGCCAGGAGUCUAAGAAUUAUUAGUAUCAAUGAGGAGGAGUUACUUCUCAACCAACAGGAUAGAGACACUGUAGAUCAGACAAUAAUCAAAGAGAAGAGGAUAUUAUAUGUUGUAUUAUCACUUAUCUCUGUGACAUUGUUAGUUUUAUUCAUUGUUGUAUUGUCAGCAAUACUCAUACCAUCAAUAGAUAAUGGAAAGAGUAUAAUACUUGGCAAUUGUACAGUGUUGGAGAAUACAUAUACAAGUGUAUUGUGUGGCGGCGAUGAUGAUUGCACCGAAUACAACACCAACCUAUGGUGGUACGAGCUGUUUGAGAAGGACUACGGAGACAAUGCCGAGCGAAUGUUUAUCAACAGCGUGUCUUACGGAGCGCCCAAUACCGAGUACUCGGGCCCCAACAUCCCCAGCAAUCCAGGCAACAACGACUCAUCCGUCGACCUGUGUCACAACUGUUAUAGUGGCCGCAACAUAGUUGCCAUCACACAUCGCGGCCAGACCUACAACUCAACGGUGGACGGACUGUACUCGGAUAACUUUGACUGGGUCAAGGGCUACGUGGCCAACUACCCAGUGGGCGAGUCGUUCCCAUGCUACUACGACACACGCAAUCUUCAACACAUCAUCUGGUUCGUUGCACCCAGCUACUCAAUGAUGGCUGCCGUCUCUGUCAUCAUCUCUGGUGUACUAUUCUUCAUUGUUGGUGCGGUCUUUGCCUUCUUCAUAUUCAUGUGCGAGCGUGGCAAGAUCAUCGUUAGGUACAAUGCCAGCGGUACUACAUCAACAAAGAUGAGAUACACAUGUAUAUAG